GGGCCGACCCCGUCGCUCAGUUGGCGGAACGCUUGUGCUUCUUUCCCGAAGGUGGGUGCUGCCGGCGCCCGGGGGUUUUUCCGUGGCGUGUUCCGACGCCGUGGGCCUGCGAUGACAACCAUCUGCGACCUGCCCGAAGAUGUGCUGGUGGAGCUGCUCUCGCUGCUGCCCGCCCGCGACCUGCUGCGCAGCUGCCGCCUGGUCUGCGCCCAGUGGCGGGACGUGGUGGAUCUCACCACCCUCUGGAAGCGCAAGUGCCAGCGCAAGGGCUUCUACGUUCAGAGUUUGGACAGGAGCAUCUCCGACUGGAAGAUCUUCUAUCUGCUCUGCAACCUGAAGAGAAACUUAAUCAAAAACUCCUGCGCUGAAGAAGACUUUCAACACUGGAAACUUGAUAAUAAUGAUGGGGAUAAAUGGAAGAUUGAGGAUCUGCCUGGACCUCACGGAAGACUCAUGCCAAACCCCAGAAUACAAAAGUACUUUGUCACUUCAUAUGGGCCAUGCUUCAAGUCUCAACUCAUUACCCUGCAGAAAGAAGGAUACUGGAAUCAGUUGAUGGAUGAGAAAAGGCCUGAAAUUGUAGUCAAGGACUGGUACGCUGCCAGAUUUGACUGUGGCUGUCGCUAUGAGAUUACAGUGAGGCUGCUUUCUGAAGACUACAUUGUCCUUGACGAGUUCCACCCCGAGCCCGUGGUUAUAGAGCAGUGGAACGAUGCAGCCUGGAGAGAGAUUUCUCACACCUUCCAGAAUUACCCCGCUGGGGUUCGUUACAUCUGGUUUCAGCACGGAGGCCAAGACACCCAGUUCUGGGCAGGGUGGUACGGGGUGCGAGUGACUAACAGCAGCAUCACCAUUGGGCCCCUGACAUGUGUAUGAAGGCACAACAGAAGCAUUUGCUUUUACCUCAGGACUGUAACCACGUGGUCUCAGGUGCACUCACUUGUGUGUACUCUCUGGGUGAGCAUCCUAGCUUUGUCUUGCACUGUUGAUCUCAAAUACAAGCAGCUAGUUCUCCUUGUUCACAGCAGAACUUCUGCAAGCCCACCCCUUUGGAAGGAUUUCAUCCAUCUGUACCAUGGAUGUUACUGCAAUUACUAGUGCCCUUCCACAGGAGAAAGAUGAGGACAAUUAAAUGUGUCUUUUCUAGUUAAUAUGUCCUUGUGCUACAGCCAAACACUAGGUAUUAAAGAGAAACCCUUUCUUGUUUAUGGAACUUAUGAAAGAUAAGGCUAAAAUGUUUCAGAUUAUCAAUGCUGUCCUCAAGGACUGGGCUACAGAGAGGCUUGUUUUGUAUGCUGUUUUUCUGUUUCAGUUUAAUUAUGUAUAAAAACAUGUAUCUUUCACAUCAGACCUUUCAUAGCAUAAGGAAACUCAACCCUUUUUCACGAAUGCUGUAUCACUGGUUCUUAACUUCUUACCCUUUCUGAAAGUGUAUAUGAUCAGAAUGGUACAGGCCUUCCCUCUCCAAGUACAGCCCAUCGUUGUUUGGAGAAAGAGGAGAUAGAAAUCCCUUUGGGUGGCUACAAUGUAAGUGCCUUUUGAUUGUGCUGGGCUUUUUCCAAGCUACUACUACCACAGUACUUGGUUUGUGCUGGAGUUUAACCCUAUAUAAAAUAUUAAAGCAGUGCA